AUGAACAGGAAACAACGGCGGGCAAAGGAAUCUCAGAAUUCCUCGUCGACUACGAAGACUGUGGACGACAUACCUCUUUCACAGCCUCAUCGGUCACCAUCAGCAAGAAAUGCCAAGACAUUAUUCGAGAUUGCGGCGGAGAAGCAGGCCCAACUCAAUCCCAAAGAUGCGAAAUUCAGUAGCAGCAACAUUAGACCGGAGAAUGUGGUGCAAGUUCAGAUUGGCGAGGACGGAAAGGUCAUUCCAAACGCGGGUUUGAACUCUCUUGGAGGAGAAGACGGUGAUGCCGAGGAGAGAUCAGAGAUGCCAUGGCUAGACGCGAUAUUACUGACGUCGAGCCUCGCGGCCAUCCAUUUCACACUCGAAGUGCUGACGGUGCACCAGUACGCAGAGGAAGUGCGGUUCCCACCGAUAUUUGCGCGGACGAUCUUCAGGGCGUUGCCGACACUAAUGGGGGUGAUUAGUCUGUUUCACGGACUGCUGCUGCCGAUCUCGAUGGAGAGUCUUUCCAAGCCGGUCCAGGAAUGGGUCGUGGCGCUACGGUCACUGGUUUACUUGGUCAUUGCGAAUCUGGCAGGCUGUUACCUUAUCUAUCUCACGAAUGAUCGGGGGUAUUAUGCGGUGAUGAAGAAUGCGCCUGCUGUGGGGACGAUUUGGGUUUGGGCAGUUCUUGAAUCAGGCCUGUUGGGUGCACUGGCGGGCGUUGUUGGUCCUGCGUCUUACGCAUGGUGGUACGGCUAUGGCCUUGUUUAG